AUGGACGAUACUUUGAAGACACUGGAGGACAUCUUGAAGAUUUUAUGGAGAUCUAAACUCCGAGUGUUAGAGCUGAAGGGGCUAUACCCGGACGGCCCGACUAACGGAGCAAUGAGGAGGUUUGCUUCUUUUAUGAACACAUUUCUGAUGCAGCAGAAAAAUCUGGAGACAUUUUCACUGAAAGAUACAAACUUUGAAGACAAAUUCGUAACCGAAUUCUUGGAAAUUCUAGGCAAAUCUUCAGGGGAGAAAAUCAAAGUAAUGUGUUUGAUUAAUUCCUAUGAAGACUACGACGACUUACAUUAUCGACCGAUUCAUGCAUUCGAUAUCGUCUUAAAAAAGUUUACAAACUUACAGUCACUAACAAUGGAGUAUCUCAGCGAAGCCCUACUACAAAACCUAUCAAAGAGUCUGGGGACAAACUUCAAGUACUUGAACCUAACUGUGAGUCACUUAGAAGCAAGCAUUAGCGACACGGCAUGGGUGGCACUUAAAAAAUCAUGCCCUGAUCUUGUGGUGACCUUUCAUGUGGAUGGUAUUUUAGGAGCUGUCCUAACCCCAAGCAUUCCCCUGAUCAGCCUAACAGUAGCAAAGCCUCUCUCACAGGAGUUUGAAAUUGCAAACAUAGCAACGCUGUACCAGCAUACACUGGAAGAACUUCAUAUAGAAAAUCAUUUUGGAGAGCAAGAACUAUCUGAAGAUUUUUGUAAACAUUUAGCUUCAUUUCAACGCUUACGGAAGUUUUCGAUGUCCAUGAUGAUAAAAACAGAAGCAAACAUUAAGUUUUUGAGGGCAUUUGGAGAAGUAUUAAAAAGACCAAACAGUUUGACGGAUGUCAAGUUUAAGUAUCGCGACAGUCGAACCAUCGGUUCUAAAGUGCUCAAAGAGAUAGAAAAACUAAAAGAAGAGUCUGUGAAUGGUGGCUUGCUACUGAAUGUUGAUUUACUUGUACCAGGGCAAGAUUACUUUUAA